AUGUCGGCGCUCAUGAAACUCUCCCAGUUUGUGACGCCUUCAUUGGGCGCCGUCGUCGCGGGGCGGUGCCUGCGAUCGCGCGCCGGUCCGUGCCUCGCGCGACCACUACAUGCGAUGCGGGGCCGUUCGGAAGGCCCCAGCCAGGAUGAGCGCCAGUUCGCUCACGACAUCGCUGAUGAUGACAGCGGGAGGUCGAGAUGGGGAGUCAGGGUGGACGAGAUGCCGCCUCCAAACGGCUCCACGGAGGCCAUUGGGGAGUGUGACUGGGAUGCGGCGAUGGUCAAUGUUGUGCACCUGAUCGGGAACACUGGGAGGGACGUCAACCUCCUCAACUUCAACAGCGGGUACAUCAAGGGAGAGGUGCCUCUUGCUGUGAAUGGAGCAAAGGACAAGACGCACUGGUAUAGCCUCACCAACAUCUGUGCAUCAGUGGGACAGUGA